GCUAUGGCAACUGCCGGGAAACACACUUUCCAUGCUUUAUAUACGGCAUGCUGAGAUUGUGAUGAGCCGCGUGGUGGCGCCGCAAGCUAAGAAGACACAUAAAAGAUGGGCGGAUACUCUAGUUCCCCACAAAAUAGCUCUAAAUAAGUCAAGGAGAUAAGAAGCUUUCUUAGCUCGACCUGGAGGAAGGCUCCGAGGUGCUCACAUUUCUGAGAUACCAGACAGACGGACUAAAGUAGUAGCCCCGGAUUACCGUUUGCAAUCGAUCGGGCUACACCGAUUGAGAAGAGGGAAUCAAAGGAACUAUGGAGCAGGAAGGGGCGACGAUUCCGCAACCAAGGCAAGUUCUCUUUCUCCUUGUUCUUCUGGGUGUGUCUGGGACUGCCUCAAAGCCGCAGCAGUUUUCUGUAGUGGAGGAGAUGGAGAGGGGCUCCUUUGUGGCCAAUGUGGCAAAGGCUCUUGGCCUGGAAACGGGGGAACUGUCAGAUCGCGGGACCAGAGUCGUUUUCAAAGGGAACAAAGAGUAUUUGCAGCUGAACCGCAGAACUGGGGAUCUGCUCUUGAGAGAGAAACUGGAUCGGGAGGAGCUGUGCGGCCCCUCUGAUCCCUGUGUGCUCCCUUUUAAAAUCUUACUGGAAAACCCCUUUCAGAUUGUUCCAGCUGAAUUAAGUGUACUGGACAUUAAUGAUCAUUCGCCAGUGUUCCUAAAAUCUGAGAUGCUCCUAAAAAUCCCAGAGAGCUCCUUGCCUGGGACUGUGUUUUUGCUAGAAAAUGGGAAGGAUUUAGAUGUAGGAAGCAACAGUAUCCAGAACUACACAAUCAGUCCCAAUUCCCUUUUCCAUAUUCAAAUUCGAGAAAACAGUGAGGGAAAGAGAUAUCCAGAGCUUGUACUGGAUGAAACACUGGAUCGAGAAGAGCAGUCUGAGGUCAUUUUAACUCUCACUGCAGUGGAUGGGGGAGUCCCACCAAGGUCUGGAACUGCCCAGGUCCGAAUUCUCGUAGUGGAUAUCAAUGACAACGCCCCAGUGUUUGCUCAGCUGCGUUAUGAGGUUAAGAUCCCUGAGAAUAGUCCCAUCGGAUCCAAGGUUGUCACAGUUUCUGCCAGAGAUUUAGAUGCAGGAAAUUAUGGAGAAAUAUCUUACGCUUUUUUGCAUGCCUCUGAAAGCAUUCACAAAACAUUUCAUCUUAAAGAGGAAUUAGGAGAACUUUAUUUAAAGGAAAAAGUGGAUUUUGAGUCGACUCAGUUUUACACUAUAAAUAUCCAGGCCACCGAUGGUGGGGGCCUUUCAGCAGAAUGUACUGUUAUUGUUCAGGUGGUAGAUCUGAACGACAAUCCUCCAGAGCUGACUAUAUCUUCACUUACCAGCCCCAUCCCAGAAAAUUCUCCUGAGACAGUGGUUGCUGUCUUCAGUGUUUCAGAUCUGGAUUCUGGGGAAAAUGGAAAGAUGAUUUGUUCCAUCCAAGAUGAUCUUCCCUUUUCCCUGAAACCUUCCAUUGAAAAUUACUACAUGUUGGUAACAAAAGGAGCACUGGACAGAGAGUACAAGGCUGAGUACAACAUCACAAUUACAGUGAUGGACUUGGGAUUCCCGAAGCUCAAAUCUGACUAUAAUCUCACCGUGCUUAUCUCUGAUGUCAAUGAUAACUCUCCAGUUUUUACUCAGAAAGCCUACAAAUUGUACCUUCAAGAGAACAAUAGUCCUGCCCUCCAUAUUGGCAGUGUCAGUGCCAGUGACAGGGACUCAGGAAUCAAUGCCAAAGUCACCUAUUCUCUGCUGCCUCCAGAAACUGGAGAACUGCCCCUCUUCUCCUAUAUCUCCAUCAAUUCAGAUAAUGGUCAUCUCUAUGCUCUGAGAUCUCUGGAUUAUGAAGCCAUCCAAGCUUUCCAGUUCACUGUGAGGGCAACUGAUGGUGGCUCUCCAUCACUGAGCAGCCAGGUUCUGGUUCAGAUUGUGGUACAGGAUGAAAAUGAUAAUUCUCCCUUUGUUCUGUACCCCUUGCAAAAUGGCACAGCUCCCUGCAAUGAUCUGGUGCCCAGAACUGCAGAGCCAGGUUACCUGGUUACCAAAGUAGUAGCUGUGGAUAGAGACUGGGGGCAGAAUUCCUGGCUUUCCUAUCAGCUGCUCAAGGCCACAGACCCGGGCCUAUUCACUCUGUGGGCCCACAAUGGUGAAGUUCACACAGCAAGACCCAUCAAUGACAAAGAUGCCAUCAAGCAGAGGCUCCUGGUGCUGGUGAAGGACAAUGGGCAACCACCUCUGUCCACAAUGGCCACAGUAAAUGUAUUCUUGGUGGAUGGCUUUUCUGAGCCCUACCUGCAGUUACCUGAUGCACCUAAGGAGCAGAUCCAGACUGACUCCCUAACUACCUACCUAGUCAUUUCCUUGACCUCUGUUUCCUUUCUUUUCCUGGCCUCUGUUAUUGUGUUUAUUGCCAUUCGCCUGUGGAAAAGGAAGAAACACACCACUGACAUUAGUCGCUUUACUUUAAAUGGCCUCUUCCCAGGUCACUUAGUGGAUGUCAGCAGGACAGGAACCUUGUCCCAGAGUUACCAGUAUGAGGUGUGUCUGGCCAGUAGCUCAGGAAGCAAUGAAUUUAAGUUCCUAAAGCCUGUUAUUCCCACUCUUCCAACUUUGGAAGGAAAUGAAGACUCAAUUGAAAACAGCCUUAAAGAAUAGCUUUUGCCAGAAUUAGGGUUUGGCUCAUGCUUCAAUGCAUAAAGGCCAGAUUUUAUGACCUCUUUUCCUUCCCCUCUUAUUAUUUGUCUUCUUUCCAUAUUUCCAUAUGAUUACAUUUUAUCAUAAUGUUUUUAUAUUCUCUCUUUUUCCUUCUACACAUAGAUUUUCUUUUUUUUCUUGCAUUCUUUCUCUAUAAAUCUUUUUCUUCUUCCUCCUUUUGUUCCCCUUAGGUCUUAGACUCUUUCAUCAGUUACCCCAUUUUUAAAAAAUGAGUGAACUGUCAUAUGUUCCCUUCCUCAUUUAUAAUUUUAAAUGUAACAUUUUUCAAUCAAAUAAUUCAGCAAAUGUUUUUCACGUGUUCACAUUUAAUUGUGACUCCAUAGUCUUACUCAGAGUUAUCCUAUCUUGUAUCUCCUAGGAAAAAAAUAUUUUCCUCGGUUUCAUUCUUAUUGUGUGGAUAGAAACAGCUGAUAUUCUCCUGAAGGACAAUCUAGACAUCUUUCCUGACUUUCUAUGCCUUCUAAAGUGAAAAAUGUUCUGAAAGAUCUUGUAAUCUACUAGCUGUGACCCCUAUAGCUUUUACAAUUACUCACAUAUUUAAAAAUAUAUUUUUAAAAAGCAAUCAAUCUGAUAUAAAUUAAACAUGUGCAACACUUUUAAACAUAUUUGUCAAACUGAGCAAGAAAAAUCAUGCCAAGAAGGAAAAACCACCAGAAAGAAAAAGCAAAGAAAAAGACAAAAAAAAUGGUGGAAAUGUUAUGUUUUCAUCCACAUCCAGUCUCCAUAGUUCUCCUUCUGGAUGAGGAUGGCGUUUUCCAUUGGAUUUUGUUUUUAAAUGGUGCAUAGAUGUUACUGAAAAUAUUCUUAUUUGUGGUUUCUGAUGUCAAUCUCCUAAGUAAUGCCUGUUUUUAGAAACUAAUUAGGACUCCUCAAGAGCACUAAAAUUUGGAAGAAAAAAUUGCAAGAAUAUAUUUUAUGAAGACAACUCUACUGUAAAUUCUUGUAAAGAAAGACUAUGUGCUGGUUUGUGAAACUGUGAAAUACUAAGUGCAAACUUCUUACCAUCAAAUAGUCCAAUGACAUUAUACAUUAAUAAUUAUUUCUAAUCUUUACAUGUCUUUAAUAAAAUUUUAAGAAGUGAA